UGAACGGAAGUAUAAUGAAAGAAUAGUGUAUCAAAAAAAAAACCAAACAAACAAACACAAUAGGCAUCCUCUUGGGAAAGAUGUCCGUGUUUUAGCAUAAGUAGUUGCAUACCUGAUCAACCGUCUAAUUGAUCUAAUAAGUCAAUAUUGGCCUCAGUGAUUCAAUACCCGUCUUCCCGCGCUUCUCAAUGGACGUCUGCUUACAGGGAGUAAAGAAAACACAUAUAAUUCCGCUAAUCAUCUCACUUUUUAUCGGACCUAGAGGUGAAAUUUAUUGUUUUCUGGAUUUCAUUCUUUCUACAUCUCAAGAAGGCCUUAUUGAUUUUAGUUAACUACUCCCAAAGGGGUAUAGACGGAAGUACAUAGGUUUUUUGUGAGACCUAUACUGUUAUCUGCCAUACGAAAUCGACAGUGUUUGAAUUGUGAACAGAUACGUGUGUAUGGUGAUCAUAACAUGAACUGAAUACUUUCAAAUGAUUGAAAAUGAUCAAGUGAAAAUAAAGACAUACUUGUACUAUGCCUCGCAUUCGAAGGAAUCCAUCAAGGGAGUAUUCCUUUAUUAGGUCUUUGUUUCAGGCGUGCUAUGACAACCCAUUGUUUCAACAAGAGGAGGCAAAAUUUAGUCCAGAUGUGGAAAAGAAACCCAGAUCCAAAGAUUACACCCCGGCUGAUGAAAUCCCAGAAAUAGAAUUUAAUGAGAAAAAUGAUGCGACAAAUAGGCGCAAACUUUGUCUGAUUGGCUUUAUUGUGUGUUGUGUUGCGGUGAUAGGGUUUUUGGUUGGAUACCUAGUAAGCUCUCCGAAAAAAAACGACUCUACAUAUCCGAAAGAUUCUGUCUCCACAACAACUGUCGCUUCUACUGUGCCUUCUUUUUCCUUUAAGACUGACACUUUCAAUGGAAGCAUGCUAUUGAUAGCAGGCCCACUCUCAAAAUACACUUCAGAAUAUGCCGACCAGGGGUCAACGGAAUACCAGUAUUUUUCUAAAAUAUUUUUAUAUAAGAUGAAUUUAACAUUUCAACAAAGUCCGUACAGUUCACAGUAUAGUUCUACAGUCAUAAACGAAAUCAGACCACAAAAUGGACAACUGUCUAGAGUUUUGUUUAGUUUGAAGUUCACGUCAUCAAUUAAUAUCCACAAUUCGACGGAAUCAUCAAUAGUGUCGCUUCUUGUUUCCGGUUUUCGGAAUGGUGUGAUGGAAGCGUCGGCAGAUUCCAUAAAAAUUGCGGCACUUAAAAAUGAGGCCCCAAUAAUUCCGACGGUGCACCCAGGGCAGUGUUUCACGGUGCACCUAAAACAGUGUGUUAACAAAACAACAUACCUAGAUGCUACUCUGCCUAAUGCAUUCGGUCAUACCACGCUAUCAGAGGUUCUGGAGUCGUCGGAUAACAAACCCCGACUUUUUGACACAGAGUGCUAUGGAUAUGCUCAAGAUUUCUGGUGUUCUGCAUAUAAUCCCGAGUGUAAAAGCGGUCAGCCAGAAUUGCCAUGCAAAGAUUAUUGCAUAGACGUUAAAUCAGCCUGCGAAAAUUCGACAUUCCCAUUAGAUUGUAACACACUACCAACUACCAAUUGCAGGAAAAAUCCAUUCAUACCCGGAAAAUGUGUGGAUGUGCCAUUUGGGGGUGUCUAUAAUAAAUGCAUUAGUAUUGGAUUUAGUCACUCAGCGCUUCCAAAUUACAAUCUUGAGGUCAAGUUUCCAAAACCUAACUCGCAUCUGGAUUUGAUUUUCAAUUUUCAAAAAUUAACAAAGUGUUAUAAACACUCGGAACUGUUUGGUUGUUCUGUGUUUGUUCCGAAAUGUUCCGGAUCAUCCGUUGUACCACAGCAUACUAUUCCUCCAUGCAAAUCUCUUUGUGAAGAAUACAAGAAGAACUGCUUCGUUUUCUGGGAGAUAUUUGCCCUCCCUUGGCCUAAGAACUUGAACUGUUCCUCUUUGCCCGAUGUGAACGACUCCUCUGUUUGUAUUGGAUACAAAGAGGCACACGAACCCCCAGAAGUCAAGGAGUGUCAGGCGAGCCAAAUAACCUGUGACGCCGGGCGGUGUCUAGACUAUUCGUUCCUAUGUGACGGAUAUCGUGAUUGUGAGGAUAAUUCAGAUGAAGCCCAUUGUGCCGCUUGUUCUUCCGGGGAGUACCGCUGUAAUCCGGCAUCCAGUCUGUGCAUCAAGAAGUCCGAGGUCUGCAAUGGAGUACCUGACUGUUAUGAGGAAGUGGAGGAAGCGGAAUGUAUCAAACUCGGGAACGGAUCCAGUAGGGGCGUUGUCCGGGUGUAUAACGCCGAGUCCGAUGACUGGGAGGAGGUUUGCAGUGAUGACUGGAACGACACUCUCAGUGGGCUCGUCUGUAGACAGCUGGGCUACAGAGGUGUAAAAAACACAAGUUUUAUUUCAAAGAGUAGCACGUCGGCAUCAAAAAUAGACUUAGGCGGUGUGAAUGCCUCAGCUAACACAGACUACAUACAAUCUUUUCUUAGAAAAAGCGCUGUUUGUGCAGGAUCGAGCGUCGUCCAUUUGACAUGUGGGGAUCCUGUUUGUGGAACACGGCCUGCGUAUUUCCCAUCGCCCCUACGCAUUGUCAACGGUGACCAGGUAAAGCCUGGGACGUGGCCGUUCCAAGUGGCGCUAUAUGGAGGCGAUAAGUUACAUUACUUCUGUGGAGGGAGCAUUCUCAACGAGAAUUGGAUUGUCACAGCAGCUCACUGUCUUGGAGAGAAAACAACAAUAGGCGAUUUAACUGUAGCUGCUGGUGAUACCAGGAGAUUCGCAUUCAAUAAGUACAGACAACUAAGGACUCCUAAAUCUUUACAUAUCCACCAAGGCUACUCCAGUGAGACUGUUCAAAAUGACAUAGCUCUCAUACAGCUAGCAUCACCAUUGUACUUCAAUGAUUAUGUAAGGCCCGUAUGUCUGCCUAGUAACGUCACAGAUGAAGGAACUCGCUGCUUUGCUAUUGGCUGGGGCAAAGUCAAUGAUAAAGCCCUGGAUUAUGAACCUGUUUUGCGGCAGGUUAGCCUAGACGUAGUAUCUUGGCAAGGUUGCAAGCACGCCAUUGCAACCUCUGGUAUCCAGUCUCCGUACGCACUCUCGGAGGACAUGAUGUGCGCAGGAGGAAGCAGGGGUCAUGAUGGAUGUCAGGGAGACAGUGGUGGCCCCUUAUUGUGCCCGGAAGUAGUAGGGACGGACACCUGGACUUUAUCAGGUGUUACUUCCUGGGGUCUCGGCUGUGCUGUGCCGAACGUUCCUGGGAUCUAUACUGAAAUCUACAAGUUCCUCGACUGGAUAGGAAACAUCACAAAUAAUGAACUGCCAAUGGCGUAGAGAUGAAUUGUGUACAAUGUUUACAGCCAUUACGUUGUGUAUAUAAUUAUUCAUAUCGUGUACAGAUACCUCAUGAUCAUCUCAAUGUAUAUAUCUGACUGCUGGAGGAUGAGUCUGUAAUCUUUGUGAAUGCAAAGAAAGUUUGUCUAAAUGGUAUAUUCUAUUAUAAUAAUCUAUAUUACAUUGGAUGUAUAAUUACUAGGCACAAACAUACAUGUAUAUGAUAUAUAACGACUACACAUAUUAUCCAAGCAUGUGCGUACUCUGCCCCAGUCAAAGCCAACAGGCAAUAAACACUGCCUUUAUGAUAUUGUUGAAGAGGAAAUGUUGAUAAUUAAAGUUUUUGUUGUCAUUCUCAGGCAUCUUUUAAGAUGUUAAAAAAAUUCCUAACCUGUAGAAUUUCAAUUAAGACAACACCUAGAAAUCCCAGUUCUUCAACAGAAAUCCAAAUCCCAUUUACGUAUUACUACUAUAUACAUGUAAAUCGAUCUCAUUGAACAUUUAUGUGUACAUCUUUUCAAUCUUGCAUUUAUUUCUUGAUAUUCUUAUUACAUGUAGAUUGAAUGAUAAUCCCAAAUUAAUCCGAGUUAAGAGUCCACAAAGCAUCAUCUCUAUGAUAUUGGUCAGUUUGGUCCUUUUUAUGAGAAUUGUGUAUUUUGUCAUUUUUAUGGUUGAUUUUUGAUUUCUGUUUGUUAAUGAAUCGUACCAUUACUUUCACCAUUCGGUCAAGGACUGACAAAAUAAUUGUUAUUUCAUGUUUUGCAUCAUAAAAUGUCUCUUUCAGGUUUACUUGUAACAAGUUCAAGUCGAUUAAAUCUUAUAUGUAUUUUAUCUCAGUGAGUAUCUUAUUGUAAAUCUCAUUUAUAAAAGGUAAGCAACAAACAGAUUUGAAUUUGGAUUCAAAUAUACACAAUAUCAUUCUAAAUUUUACAUUAAUUUGAAUACCAUUAACCUAACAAUUCUAGUAUCUUAAAUAUCACUCGGAUUUUGAUUCAUUGUACCUGUAUAUUUAUAUAUGAAUAGAUUUGUUAGUUCGCCUAUUACAUGGUUAAACAUUAUUGUAAGUAUACGUACAUUUAUAUACUAAAGACUUUUGACAUGUCCAGUAUUUAAUAACUUGCGUAAAAGAUAUACGCAAUCCAUGUACAUGUAUAAUAUAUUUCACCAGGCCGAUUUUUAUCAAUAAACACAUUAAAGUAUACUUUUUAAAUAAAGUGUUUUUAAAAAUCGA